CCUCUUCCACCGAGAGGGCUUUCUUUGAAGUUUAGGAUGCAAACCUAUGGAAAUAGCAUAAAAUUCUGAAUGUUGGCCCAACAGAGCCAUGGUCAGUCAGGGAGAAACUGUGCCUGGCCUCUUCUGUUAUGAGGAGUGGUGACCAAAACUGGGUAUCUGUAAGUAGAGCCAUCAAGCCUUUUUCUGAGCCCGGUCGACCACCUGACUGGUUCUCACAGAAGCACUGUGCCUCACAGUAUUCUGAGCUGCUGGAAGCCACAGAAGCCCCUAAACGUAAGCGUGGUGAGAAGGGCGAGGUGGUUGAGACCAUUGAGGAUGUAAUUGUUCGUAGACUGACUACUGAGAGGAUAGAGGAGCUGAAAAAACUACUACGAGACACACAGGAACAGUACAGAAAGUUGAAAAAGGAAGUGGACCUGAUACAGACAGGUCACAUGGACCCCCAGCUGAAAGAACUGUGGGCAGAGAUAACAUUAAAAAAGAAGCAAGAGGAGGAGGAGGCAGAGCAGAAGAGGAAAGCAACAGAAAUGGCAUAUCAAGCUCGUCAGGCAAUUAAAAACACUCCCAAGCGUCUGCCCAGUGUCACUGUUCGGUCUCCUUUGGGGGCCAGUCCUACGAGCCUGGACUCUCAGACGGACACAUCAGCCCCCACACCACCCAAAGAACCUGCGGCCAUCGUCUCAGAUGACACCAGUACCCACUCUGUCCAAGGUAUAGGUAUUUUUCUCCCAGUGUCAGAAGCUCCAAGCCAAGGGCAUAAAGAUGGAGGAGGCCUUGCAACUCUUGCAGAGGAUAAUUCACAGAAGAGGCUGCUUCCUCAGAAAGCGACACCGCCUCCCUCUCCUCUGCUGUCGGAACUGCUGAAAAAAGGCAACCACAUCUCGGCCAGCCCCCGCCUUGUUACUGAUGGAGACACCUCUGGAAGUCUUAGCAAUGGAAUACAAACUGCUGCUGUUGUCGCCGCCCCAUUACCACCUGGCCAUGACGUCAUGACAGUGGGGGAAGUUGAAGCUGCAGUGAAGGCAGAGCUUGGUGAAGACACAGGAUUAGUAGAAGAGGACCUUGUCGCUGUCUCUUACAUGGGAGAUGAGCUAGAUCUGGAAACUGUAGGUGACAUCAUUGCCAUCAUUGAGGAAAAGGUGGAUGAUUCAGUGGAGGCUUUGGAUGCAGCAGCAGUGGAAGCAGCACUGUCUCUGUGUGAAGAGGCCGUCUCAGAAGGACACACCCUGCCAGGCCCCUGGGAAACCCAGGAAAUAAAGGAUUCAGAUCCAGCAUCCACUGUCCAAGACUCAGAGCACAUACAGGAGGCUUGUGAUGCGCCGACACUCUCUGUUCCCACCCCUGUCAGCCCAGAUGCCCCAAAUCAACCAGAAACUACAAGCACAGAGGAACGGGUCAAGGGAAACUGUGAAUCAGCUGUGAUUGAAAGUGACAUCGCUUUGUGUGACAACUCGGAAGAUGUCACUGCUGGAGGUGAUGAUACAGAAGAGGGCAAUGAAGAAAAAGGUGACACAAAUGCGGUAGUGAAGACUGAAGUAGAGGAGUGGAAUCAGCCCGAAGCGAACCCACCAUGCCUAGAUUCUGAGGACAGUUCUGUAUCUGGCAGAGAGUCCAAGGAGGUAAAAGAGGAGGAAGAAGCAGGGAGCGAGUGCGAUCCCGAAGAAGGAAUGGAGCUGAAAGAGGAGUGCGGAGAGGGGGAGGGUGCCUAUUUGUCAGAAGUGGAGCGAGCUGCCAGUGAGAGUGAAGAUGGUUACGGGCCGCCCUCUCAACGCUACACAGCUGAUUCACUGGCCAGCAGCCCCGCCUCGUCUUCCCAGCUAUCUACAUGUGGCGAGGAUCAAGAGGCUGUGCAGGCUCAGAAAAUUUGGAAGAAAGCCAUAAUGCUGGUGUGGAGAGCUGCAGCUAACCACAGGUAUGCCAGCGUCUUCUUGCAGCCUGUAUCAGACGACAUCGCCCCUGGUUACCACAGCAUUGUACACAGACCGAUGGACCUAUCUGCAAUCAAGAAGAACAUUGAAUCCGGCGUGAUCCGUACAACAGCAGAAUUCCAGCGAGACAUCAUGCUGAUGUUUCAGAAUGCUGUCAUGUACAACUCGUCAGACCACGACGUCUAUCACAUGGCCCUGGAAAUGCAGCGUGACGUCCUGGAGCACGUUCAGCAGUUCCUGGCCACGCAGCUCAUUAUGCAAACCUCAGAGAGUGCCAUCUCCGCCAAGAGCCUCCGUGGCAGGGAGGGAAAUCGCAAACCAGGCGAACCAGCUGAGAAGGACAUGGUCCCAAUGGCCUCUCCUGCUUUCCUUCUCUCUCUCUUUGACGGCGGCACCAGGGGUCGCCGUAGUGCAAUGGAGGCUGACCUGAAAAUGAAGAAAUAGACUUGAGCAGGACCCACAGAGGCAAAGGAGAUGGAAAUGAGUGGUCUAGUAGUUCAGUAGAGCGAGCUGUUCAGUGUCUGGACCUUGUGUAUUAGCACCUGUGCUAGUGCAUUUGUUCUUUUCUAGAGCUGAGCAUAUGGUACGUGCUGGGGUGUUAAUGUGUCCCCAUGGAGCGACAUCUCGUUUUCUUCUUCAGUUAGCUCCUUGGACCAUAUUCAAACAUUUUGUUGGGUGGUGCAUUCAAAGACAUGCAACAUUAUGCAACAAAGAUGUUGGAAAGAUAAUAUUUGAAGACUUCCUGUUGUCGAAUCAGUUUGCUUUGUUUUUCCACCCACUGAUCUGAAUGUCAAUUUUGAAGCAAAUGUGUUGUUGACCUUUUCCUCCAUGUUCUCUCAUUUUUAAGGUUAAUUGUAAGGUGAAAUUUAAAUAUAGUUUGGAUAAUUGUGUCAGUGUCAUUGAAUGCACCGCCUUCACCAUUAUUCCACAUACGGAUGAACAGCUCAUGUCCAAAAGAAAGGCUUGCGUUCCAGGCGCUUGAUUAAUCAUGAGCUGUGAAAUCGGGCUGAACAAUUUUGAAAAAAGUCAAGUAAUUGCAAUUUUUGGGAUUUAAUAUGCAAUUAUUUUUUAAAACUCCACGUGUCCUGUGUAUUUUGUUUUUGUAAUGAAUACAAGCAAUACAUUUGUGUAUUUACAAUCAAUUACCAAAUUUACAAUACAUAAAUAGUUUGGUCUUAUAGGUCUGGCAUACCUUUUACGGUAUGUAAACCUAUGACUGUAUCCAUAUCACGACGAUAUUAAAAUCAACACAUGAAAAAAAUAAAGUCCACUGACUGAAAUUGAAGCAGCCCCCUCCCCACAAGUUGAGUUGCGGCCUUUGCAAUAUGAAAAUUAUGUUCUACUACAUUUUAAUGCCUAAUGACACCAAGGCGUUACUUCUGUGUAAAGUAACGAGAGUUUCUUCCUGGACACAUUCAAGAAAUUAGUCAAACCUGGGUGUGGGAGCGGUUGAAAGGAGUCCAAAUGUGUCGAGUCCGUUUUGCUGAAUUAGUAUUGAUGUUUCCACUAUCCAGUUAUCGAUUUGGGUGUUGCCAGAAUUUGUGGCGUGAUCAGAGACAGCUUGUGUAAUGUGUUCUAGAAGAAAGUUAAGAAAAAAAGUUUUGUGCCCACGUUAUGGACCAUUUAGAGUUUGUGUUUGGAUAGCAGAUACACGUAUCCUAUGUUUAGUUGUACAUUUGUUAAAUAAAAGAUUUGUUUUAAA